UUCGUCUGUUAAAAACAGUUUAAACGUCAAUUUUUAAUUUUAUUUCAGUAGUAGUGUACAUUUAAGCUGUAUACAAGUUUCUAGCCAAAAAAAUCACCUGAAAAUUGCACUUAAAUGCAAUAUGGCAAGCUCCCACAUAGAGCCAACUGUCAGGCUACGGAAUUUAUUUGAUAAAGGCAGCGCAGUUGAAGUAAACAGAAAUAUCCCGAUACGAAGAUAUUACCGGUCCUGCCAAGAACUUAUACGAAUGGCUGGAGUUUACUUCGAGGAAAAGAAUUACGAAAAUUCAUAUGUGUACUAUGCUAAAUUUAUUGUAUUAUCAUUUGAGAAAUUAAAAACACAUCCAGAAUUUAACAAAGUCCCACCUGCAGAAAAAGCGGCAAAUAAAAAAACUUUGAAAAUCGCUUUUGACCGAGCUGAGAAAUUAAAACCUGCUCUAAAAAGAAAAUAUGAAGAAGAAUAUAAAAGAUAUAAAGAAAACCAGAAAAAACUGGAACUUCAGGCAAAAACAAGAAGAAGAGAAAAGGAAAAAAGAGGAAGAGGAGGAGAGAAAGAGAAAAGAAGAAAUAAAGAAAAAGGCAGAGGAGGAGCAGAUGAAUGCUUUUAUUCAAGAGCAAAGAAGAAAGGAACUUGAACUAGAGCGUCUUGCCAUCGUUGCAGAAUUUGCAGAUAAAGUGAAAGUAGACGACAACGGUCCAUUAGUCCCAGCAGAUUUUGCCCCCCCACCCCCAGAACCCUUUAAUGAUAUUGCCACGAACACAACAACAUAUAAACCUCAACCCACUGUACCAACACCACCAGCCCUACCAAGUUACGACCGUUCAUUAAAACCAGUUGAUUUAACCAACAAUUACCAACCUGAAGUAAAACAACCACCAGCGACGACGUCUACUUCUUCAUUUGCUGCCUCACUGACGCAGUCAAAAAAUAAAUAUGGAUUACGAACCAUACUCUCGCCUGCUGAUCUACCAACAAAGUUUAUGCAGCUUGCGCAUAGCAACACAAGCAGGAAUAUUGAGACUUGUGGAGUUCUGUUCGGAAAACUAGCGAAUGAGGUGUUCGUUAUCACCCAUGUUCUCAUACCCCACCAAAAAGGUGCCCCAGAUAGUUGCGACACAACAAGGGAAGAAGACAUGUGGGAUUUCCAAGACCAAUACGACGGCAUUUGCCUUGGUUGGAUACAUACUCAUCCUUCGCAAACAGCAUUCUUAUCAAGUGUAGACAUGCAUACACAUUAUCCAUACCAAUGCCUGAUGCCGGAAUCAGUUGCUAUUGUGUGCUCAGGAAAGUUUAAUGAGGUUGGGUACUUUAUGUUAGACCCUGGAAGAGGGAUGAAUGAAAUAGGUAAAUGCAGGAAACCUGGUUUCCACCCCCAUCCUACAACACCCCCACUGUUUGAAUCCUGUGAUCAUGUUAAGCCAUCACCCACUGAUGCCGUCCAUAUAGUAGACUGGAGAUUAAAACCAAUGUAAAAUAAAGUACCUGGUUUUCAUGCACUUAUAUGCAGUAGUAAGCAGAGUGUAAUGAGAUGCAAUAUUUCAUGCAUUUCUCAAUGUGGUAUAGUACAGGGUGUUGGAUGUAAAUUCCACCCCAUGUUUUACACAUUAUAUGGUAAAGGAACGAGGUGUUGGGUGUAAAUUCCAGCCCAUGUUUUACGCAUAAGUAAACUGCCUGCACUUCAAAAUCUUGUCAUAUUAUGUGGUAAAUUACACUGCAAAAUCUUUAAUUAUUUGUCUUUAUAACUAUCCAGAUUCUAUACUUAUCUGUGCUUACGCAAUACAACAAAGCGUGAUCGUAA